UGCAAAGAAGGAGGCGAUUGUUUGAGAGGAUUUUGAGAGAGUUUAUUAAACAGGGAGAGCCAAGGGGAAGGAGAAAACAGAUCUGGGAAGAGGAAGAAAAAGGAAAAGCUGUGAAGAAAACAAGGAUUCCAAAAGAUAGACCAUAUGAUCCUUUAUUCAGACACAAUGGCUUCCAAAAGGACUCAGUCCUACAUAAUCGUCCCCUUCAUACUGGCCCUGUCCGGCAGCUAUGCAGAAAAACGUCUCGCAGAGGGAAAUGGCACGAAAACCUUGAUCCACCCUCAAGCUUUCGAAGUGUUGGGGCUGGAUCCUGAUGAAGACUACAGCAAUUAUAAGGACCCUACCCCACUACCGACUAACCCUCCACUUUCCACCAAGGUGGGAAAACCCGAACACUGUGACUAUGACCAUUGCCGUGACCAGCAACGGCCUUGCAUGGAGCUCUCAGCCGCCAGCGGGUGCCAGUGCCCUGGGCUGAGCGGCCCACAGGAGGUCCCUGAGGCCCCUUUUCUGAAGCAAGUGGUCCAGCAAGGGUCGGAGGUGGUGGUUAAAUGGUGUGCUCCAGCCUCCACCGUGUACCAUUACCAGAUUGUGGUGAAGGGUCGAGAGCCCUUGGUUUUUACAGGACUAUCAAGGAAGGGAGUGCUGAAGGACCUGGAGGCCGGGGCGGAGGUAUGUGUGGAGGCGGUGAAUAGAGCUGGGGUCAGCAGUCCAGUGCGACACUCUUGCAUGACUUACCAGCCGGAGAAAGAUGGCAGCCUGGCCCUGAAGGCUGGGCUCAUAGGAGGAGCGCUGGGGUUGCUGCUCCUCAUCGCCCUGCUCAUCUUCCUGCUCUGGAGAAGAAAGGCUUGUGGGAAAUCUGGAGGCGAGAGCUUCACUCAUGCUACUGAUGGAGCGACUCUCUGAAAGGGCAGAGGGCCGCUUCGCUGUGAGACUGUGAGCGGGGCAGCAGGGACAGAGACGCAGAGACAUGGUGCCCUCAAAGGACUCACAGUCUGCUGUCGCUGGGGACCAGCAUUUCAUGGAAAAAUAUCAAAAGCAUGGGAAAAGCAUGUCUUGGAGUAUUUGUGUGUGUGUGUGUGUGUGUGUGUGUGUGUGUGGCUGCGUUUGCUUUAAUGUGUAAACAUAAACAUAUUUAUAAUGCUGUUGAACAAGCACUUGGUGAAUGUACCCUGCUAUCUCUCCCCUUCCUGAAAGUCCCCACAGUAACCCCUGAAAAAACCUGCUUCUGUGCACAUGAUUCUGCCACAGGACGUCUUUAGGAGUGAGAAAUCAUGAGGUGUUUGUUUGCGUGUAUCACUGUCUGAGAAUGUGGGUGAGCAAACUAUCACUGUAUAAUCAGAGACUGCCCUUGUUAACAUUAUUAGCCGGAGCCAGGAGAAAGAGCAUCGUGUGUUGGGACUGGUUUAGGGCCGAGGUCCCGCCUCAGUGGAUCAUAAAUUCUGGCACAGAGACAGUUUUAAAUAAAUCAUACAUGAGGCCUCUGUGAGAUGGACACAAACAGCUGGUAUGUAUGCCUCCGACGUCCAUGUAACCUUGCUGAAGUGCUGUGAGGGUAGCCCAAAACUAUUUAGGAGUGGAAUGAUUUGCUGAGGAAUUGGCCAUAACAUGGCCUGCCGCUGUGUUGCGAAACCUUUUGCACAAAAAAGCUGGUACUGGGCGCUGAAAGAGAGGGAAGCGGAGAGGAGAGGGAGGGGGGUGGCAGGCACAAGUUCCUGAAUCAGCAGAAACCUGGAAUCCUAAUCGCAUCAUUUAGCUGAAAGAAAACAGUGAAUUCCUUUCGUAAAGGGACCACAUGACAACAUGUUUAUGUGUUUAUAUUUUUAAGAAAAACUUCCCUUAAGAACAGAAAUAUAAUUUCAUUCCUCAACAUUAAAACAAUACAUGUAUUUGCAGUGGUUUUGGAUGUGUUCCCCUUUAAUUUAUAAAGCCUUGUUUAUGAUAUGAUGUAAACAUCCUUCAUCAAAGCUUAUGUAUAUACAGAAUGCCAAGAAAUUCUUGCUCAUUUUAACUCACAGAAUACCACAUAAAUUGAAACCUAGAUAUGUGGACAGACAAACAAACUGACAGAUUGAACAAGUGACUAAUCAAGAUUCAUUCUGAUUUGUGACAUGCAUUAAAGGUUUACAUGGCAACAAAAAAUAAUUAAAAGGUAUUUUGAAAUUACAUUAUUAAUGUAACUGUGGAAAAACAUUUUGGUGAUGGAUGUGUGCUUUAGAUAAACGCUAAAGCUGUCAUUUUUAAAUAAAGUAUAUAUCAUCAAAAGAAA